AUGGCACAGGAACAGGGACAGAAAGAAUUAGAUCGUGCUGCAUUAAUUUUAUCUUGGAACAAAAAAAUAAUGUCGACCUUAGGAUUAUGGCCGAAUUCACGUAACAAUAUAAAAUUUUCGAUUAAUUUCGGAUACUUCAGUUUUCUCAUGAUACUGGAAUACAUGGAUCUCGUUGUCUUCAUAAACGACCUUGAACACGUUAUAAUGAAUUUAACAGAAAACAUGGCGUUCUCACAAAUAUUCGUUAGAAUGAUCAUGUUGUGGAUUUAUAACGAUGAAAUCGGUGAUGUCAUUAACGAAACGAUCAAAGAUUUUGAUUAUCGAAGAUACAAAUCGAUCGAAGAGAGACAAUUAUUUAUAUCGUACAACACGAGAUCGAAACUUUUCGUUAAACUUUUGAUAACGUUCGUCGCAUUAACAGCUUCUUCGUAUUAUCUGACACCAAUUUUGGUCUCCUUGGGAAACGGUCUACCAAAGAUAGAAAUUGGAAAUGUCACUGAAACGAUAUAUUUGCUGCCAUAUAGAUUUUAUACGUUUUAUCCAGUGGAAGAUUUACGUUCUUACAUUAUAGUUUACGCUUUCGAAUUGCCAUUCGUUUUUAUCAGUGGUUUUGGACAAAGUGCAGCAGAUUGUAUUAUGGUCACAUUGGUCUUUCAUAUUUGCGGACAAAUGUCGGUACUCGCAUUACGAAUAAACAAUAUCGACGUUAAUCCGAAAAUAAAUCAUAAAGAAAUUCAGACGGUCGUUGAAUUACACACGCGAUUGUUACGGAUGGGCAAAAUCGUUGCAGAUGCAUUUAGCGUGACAUUAUUAGCUCAUCUUUUCGGAGCAACUUCACUUGUUUGUAUUCUCGGUUAUCAGAUUUUAACGAAUUACUCCGAUGGUGAAAAAGCAGUGUUGAUUAGCUUUCUGGUUUUUCAAUUUCUGGUACUACUAAUUCUCUACGCGCACUGUACAGUCGGAGAAUGUCUUCUAUCCGAGAGCACAAAAGUUUCCGAAGCAUUUUAUGCUUGCCAAUGGUACAACAUGCCGAUCAAGAACGCAAGAUCUAUCAUACUUUGUAUGGCGAGAUCGCAGAGACCAAUGUGUCUUACAGCAGGAAAAUUCAGCACGUUUUGUCUAAGCACUUUGACCGAUGUAUUAAGAACUUCUAUGGGAUAUUUAUCUGUGCUGCGAUCAUUUUUAUAA